AUGUCUGCUGUCGUGGAGAAAGUUACCGAGACCGUCAACGACGUCGCUAACACUCUGGCCAACACCUCUAUCUCUGGCAAGAACGAUGACAAGGCCGCUCAGGCCGAAGCCAACGCUGCCAGCGCCGCUGAGGGCCGCCGCCUCUACAUCGGCAACCUCGCGUACGCGACAACCGAGGGGGAGUUGAAGGAAUUCUUCAAGGGUUACCUUGUCCGCCUUCACCUGGCAGCAUGCUGGACUAUGCCCGCCAUCGAAUACCACGAGGGAACACGAGCAAAGAAGCUAACCGAGCAUGCCGUUCACAGUGAGUCCGUCUCUAUUCCGAAGAAUCCUCGCACCGAACGCCCCGUCGGCUACGCCUUCGUGGACCUGUCCACCCCCAGCGAGGCUGAGCGCGCCAUCACCGAGCUUUCGGGCAAGGAGAUUCUUGAGCGUAAGGUCUCGGUUCAGCUUGCCCGCAAGCCUGAGCCUGCUGGCGAGAAGGCCGAGGGUACCAAUGGCGAGGGUGAGGGAACCCGCCGCCGCCAGUCUACUCGCGGCCGGGGCCGUGCCAACCGUGGUCGCGGUGCCGGUGGUCGCGCUCGUGGCGGUGCUAGCGGCGACGCCAAGGAGGGAUCAGCUACUGAGGGUGCCGCCGAGACUGCUGCGGCUGCCACCCCAGCCACCGCAGAGGUUCUACCUUUGACAGAUGUCACCAACCAGAACGAUGCUGACCACGAUGGCAAGCACAAGUCAACCCAAAACCGUGCUCCUCGCGAGCGUCGUGAGCGUGGCCCUCCGGCCGAUGGCAUUCCCUCCAAGACCAAGGUCAUGGUUGCCAACCUUCCUUACGAUCUGACCGAGGAGAAGCUCAAGGAGCUUUUCGCUGCAUAUGAGCCCUCCUCUGCCAAGAUCGCUCUUCGCCCGAUCCCGCGCUUCAUGAUCAAGAAGCUGCAGGCUCGUGGUGAGGCUCGCAAGGGCCGUGGCUUCGGCUUCGUGACGCUGGCGUCUGAGGAGCUGCAACAGAAGGCCGUUGCCGAGAUGAACGGCAAGGAGAUCGAGGGACGUGAGAUUGCGGUCAAGGUCGCCAUCGACAGCCCCGACAAGACUGACGAGGAGGCCAACGCCCCCGAGGGCGAGACCCACGAGGCCGAGAAGGCCGCUGGCACCGAGGCCGCCGCCCCGGCCACUACUGCCUAA